CUCGCUUGCCAAAUUUCUUACAAAAAGGAAAAGCGAAUUCGAAUUCAGCGCCGGAGGGUUCUACGCUUCCAGAGUGUAACUGAGCGGUUGCCUACUUUUUAGAAUCGCGCAAUGGCUCUGGUUUCACAGACUGGUUCGGCUCACCGGAUUGGUGUAGAGAGUGUACGAUGGAGUGGAGGAUUUAUGGCUUUCAAGCUGUGCACUCAUAUGGAGUCGUUGAAGAGGAAGGAGAAUCUUAUUAGUGCGUUUUCUCUGUCGUACAGUUCUGGUAAUAUCGCGGGUGGUUUGCGUAUAGACAGCGGGAGAAUGAGGUCGAAGCGUGGCGGUAGGGUGAUUGUUGCUACGGGUGCACCGGCCGAGGAAGCAACAGUGGCUACCCAACCGUUGACGAAAGAGGAUCUCGUGGCUUAUUUAGCUUCUGGAUGCAAGCCAAAGGAAAAGUGGAGAAUUGGCACAGAACAUGAGAAGUUUGGAUUCCAGAUUGGAAGUUUACGUCCCAUGACGUACGAGCAAAUAAGUGGGUUGCUAAACGGGCUUGCAGAGAGAUUUAGUUGGGAAAAAGUAAUGGAAGGCAGCGACAUUAUAGGGCUCCGGCAGGGUAUGCAAGGUAUAUCACUGGAACCUGGGGGUCAAUUUGAACUCAGUGGUGCCCCUCUUCAAACUUUGCAUCAAACCUGUGCUGAAGUUAAUUCACACCUUUACCAGGCGAAAGCUGCAGCUGAGGAGAUGGGUAUUGGAUUUUUAGGAAUUGGAUUCCAGCCCAAAUGGAGACGUGACGAGAUACCAAUGAUGCCCAAGGGACGAUACAAGAUUAUAGAGAAUUACAUGCCCAAAGUUGGUUCACUUGGGCUGGACAUGAUGCUUAGGACAUGCACCGUGCAGGUUAAUCUUGAUUUUGAUUCCGAAGCCGACAUGAUCAGAAAGUUCCGAGUGGGUCUUGCUCUUCAACCUAUAGCAACUGCUCUGUUUGCCAAUUCACCAUUUACCGAAGGAAAGCCAAAUGGUUAUUUGAGCAUGAGAAGCCAGAUAUGGACCGAUACUGAUAAUAGCCGCACUGGUAUGCUUCCAUUUGUCUUCGAUGACUCCUUCGGAUUUGAGAAGUAUGUUGAUUAUGCUCUUGAUGUUCCAAUGUAUUUCAUAUAUCGGAAAAAGAAGUAUAUUGACUGUUCUGGAAUGUCCUUCAGGGACUUUAUGGCAGGAAAGCUCUCUCCAGUUCCUGGAGAAUUUCCAACACUUUCUGAUUGGGAAAAUCACUUGACUACAAUAUAUCCAGAGGUCAGGUUGAAGAGAUAUUUGGAGAUGAGGGGCGGCGAUGGGGGCCCUUGGAGGAGAAUAUGUGCUCUGCCAGCAUUUUGGGUUGGUUUAUUAUAUGACGAAGUUUCCCUGCAAAAUGCUUUGGACAUAACAGCUGACUGGACACCUGAAGAAAGACAGAUGUUGAGGAAUGAGGUUCCAAUAACCGGUCUCAACACACCAUUUCGUGAUGGGUUGCUGAAGCACGUUGCUCAAGAUGUUGUUAAGUUAGCAAAGGAUGGCUUAAAGAGAAGAGGUUUCAAGGAGUCUGGCUUCUUGAAUGAGGUGACUGAAGUAGCUAGAACAGGUGUGACACUGGCUGAAAAGCUGUUAGGAUUGUAUAAUGGAAAAUGGGGACAAAAUGUAGAUCCAGUUUUCGAGGAGCUUCUAUAUUAAGCUGCAUCUCUUUUAGUUUUUGAGAUUGCUACAUGAACAACAUAUAACUACAUGUUCUUGAAACUUGUCCUUAGCUUGAUGAUGGUAUUCAUAGUUGUUGUAAUUCUGU